AUGAUGCAACCAGCAACCACCCCAAGCAAUGCAACUUCAGAGGUAGAUCCUUACAAUCCUUACAAUCCAGGAUGGGACAAGCAAAGUACUCCUUCCUACAAUGGCUCGACUGCCACAGCCCCCACAGUCGCAGACUCGACAAAUUCUUUCCCUUCUCAUUCUGAUUAUUACACGGGACCACCACAACCAGGCCAAUUGAGCGAGGCAGAUCAAAUUGCCAAGAAAAAGGAAGAAGAAGAGAAUAAAAAGAAAAAGAAAGGCAUGGGUGGUGCUGUUGGGGGUGCUGCUGCAGUGGCGGGUGUGGCGGGUCUCAUGUUGGUGGGGCCGUUGGUUGGCGUGGCCGCUGCUGGAGGGGCUGCCUAUGUUGCCGCCACGAACAAGGGUGCUGCUGGUUCAGCAUUUAGAGCGUCAGGUACUGCUGCUGCAGCAGUGGGAUCCAGUGCACGGAAAUUUGAGCAAAAAACUGGAGUUGUGAAGAAGUCAGCCUCGGGAAUCGCCUCGGGCGUUGGAUGGGUAGCUGGAAGAAUCAACAAACGACGGUCCCAACGGGAAAUCCAGAGAGAGUCCAAUUCGCCAGGCACUAAUUUGACUUCCUAA